AAUAGAUGGCUUAUGUUAGUUCUAUGUUUUAAAAUGUUUGAUAUUGUUUGUAGAGAGAUGGAGAAUGCUUCUGGAUAUGUGAAGUUCCAAAAUCAUUAUGGCCUUGUGCAUGUACAACUCUGUGGCAAUUGUAAAACUUGGAGAUCAGAUUUGGUGUCUGAAGAUGGUGGCUGGUUGUCUACUGAUGUUUUUGUUGAUAAAUUAGAUCAAAAGUGGCAUGCAAAUUUAAAUAUUUCCAACCUCUUUGUUCCGCUUUUUGAAAGGAUUUUAGAAAUUCCAGUCACAUGGCUUAAAGGAAGAGCCAGUGGCGAGGUUCACUUGUGCAUGUCAAGAGGGGACACAUUUCCUAAUUUUCAUGGACAGAUUGAUGUGACAGGGUUGGCCUUUCAGAUAUACGAUGCUCCAUCAUUUUUUUCUGAUAUUUGAGCAAGUUUAUGUUUCCGGGGUCAGAGAAUAUUCCUUCAUAAUACAAGUGGCUGGUUUGGUAAUGUUCCUUUAGAAGCUUCUGGAGAUUUUGGCAUCCACCCUGAGGAAGGAGAAUUCCAUCUAAUGUGUCAGGUUCCAUGUGUGGAAGUAAAUGCCCUGAUGAAAACCUUCAAAAUGAAGCCUUUGUUGUUUCCAUUGGCUGGUUUUGUGACGGCGGUGUUCAACUGUCAAGGUCCACUGGAUGCCCCUAUUUUUGUAGGGAGUGGAAUGGUGUCUAGAAAGAUAUCAUACUCCGUUUCUGAUGUCCCUUCAUCAUCUGCCUCUGAAGCAAUGUAAAAUAAGGAGGCUGGUGCAGUGGCAGCGUUUGACCAUGUUCCAUUUUCAUAUCUGUCUGCCAAUUUUACCUUUAAUACUGACAAUUGUGUUGCUGACUUGUAUGGAAUUCGAGCUAGUCUAGUGGAUGGUGGGGAAAUUCGAGGGGCAGGAAAUGCAUGGAUUUGUCCCGAGGGUGAGGAAGAUGAUACAGCAAUGGAUGUAAAUUUCUCAGGAAAUUCCUUCGACAAGAUUAUGCAGCGAUAUAUACCAGGUUAUCUUCAUCUUAUGCCACUCAAGUUAGGGGAUUUAAGCGGGGAGACACUUUCUGGAUCACUUUUGAAACCGAGGUUUGAUAUCAAGUGGACUGCACCGAAAGCUGAAGGGUCAUUUAGUGAUGCUCGAGGAGAUAUAAUGAUUGCACCCGAUUGUAUCACUGUUAAUUCUUCAUCUGCUGCUUUUGAUUUGUUUACGAAAGUUCAAACUUCAUACAUGGAGGAACUGGCUAAACAAAAGGAGUUCAGUGAGAAUAUCACUGUGCCAUUUACUGUUGAAGGAGUUGAGUUGGACUUACGUAUGUGUGGUUUUGAGUUUUUCAACCUGGUAUCCUCCUAUACUUUUGAUUCUCCAAGGCCUACGCAUUUGAAAGCAACAGGAAAAAUAAAAUUUCAUGGAAAGGUUCUGAAGCCUUCUAUUACGAGUGAUGAAAAUAUUGGUUCCAAGGCUGAGGGGCAAUCGGAGAAAAUAAAGGAUAAUAUGAGUAAAAAGAGUCUUGUUGGUGACUUGUCUGUCUCAGGUCUCAGACUGAAUCAGUUAAUGUUGGCACCUCAGUUGGGCGGGCAAUUGAGCAUCUCUCAAGACUCUGUAAAGUUAGAUGCCAUAGGAAGGCCAGAUGAAAGUCUUGCAGUUGAGGUUGUGCGGCCCUUACAACCUGGUUCUGAGGAAUAUUUGCAAAAUGGAAAAUUAUUCUCCUUUUCUCUUCAGAAGGGGCAACUGAAAGCCAAUGUUUGUUUACGUCCACUGCAUUCAGCUACUUUUGAGAUACGCCACUUGCCACUUGAUGAAUUUGAGCUUGCUUCACUUCGUGGAACAAUACAGCGUGCUGAAAUCCAGCUUAAUUUCCAGAAAAGAAGAGGUCAUGGUGUUCUAUCCGUACUUCGGCCUAAAUUUAGUGGUGUGCUUGGUGAAGCCCUAGAUGUGGCUGCUAGAUGGAGCGGUGAUGUUAUCACGCUUGAGAAAACUGUUUUAAAGCAAAUUAGUAGCUGUUAUGAGCUUCAAGGUGAAUACGUGUUGCCUGGAAGCCGGGAUAGAAACUUCUCUGAAUUGGGAAUGGAUGGCUUGUUAAGAAGAGCAAUGACGGGGCAUCUUGGUAGUGUGAUAUCUUCUAUGGGAAGGUGGAGAAUGAGACUUGAAGUUCCUAGAGCUGAAGUUGCUGAGAUGCUUCCCCUUGCAAGACUCUUGUCUCGAAGUAUAGAUCCUGCUGUCCUUUCUAGAUCAAAGGAUCUUUUCAUUCAAAGUUUGCCAUCAGUGGGAGUGUAUACUGAGGGUCUUCAGGACUUGCUUGAGGUUAUUCGGGGUCAUUGUACUGCAUCAAAUGAAGUUGUCCUUGAAGACUUAAGUCUCCCAGGUUUAGCUGAACUUAAAGGCCAUUGGCAUUGUUCUCUUGAUGCAAGUGGUGGAGGCAACGGAGAUACAAUGGCAGAAUUUGACUUUCACGGGGAGGAUUGGGAUUGGGGAAGCUAUAACACUCAACAUGUUGAGGCGGUGGGUGCAUACAGUAAUGAUGAUGGCUUGCGUCUUGAAAAAUUUUUUAUCCAAAAGGAUAAUGCAACAGUCCAUGCUGAUGGAACUUUGUUGGGGCCAAAAACCAAUCUUCAUUUUUCUGUUCUAAAUUUUCCUGUUAGUCUAGUUCCUACCCUGGUACAGAUUAUUGAAUCAUCUGCCACUGAAGCUGUUCAUUCUUUGCGACAAUUGCUGGCCCCAAUUAAGGGUAUAUUAUACACAGAAGGAGACCUCAGAGGAAGUCUUGCAAAACCAGAAUGUGAUGUACAAGUAAGGCUCUUGGAUGGUUCCAUUGGGGGCAUUGAUCUUGGUCGAGCUGAAGUUGUUGCUUCCCUGACCUCAAGCAGCCGUUUUCUGUUCAAUGCCAAAUUUGAACCAAGCAUCCGCACCCAAAAUGGCCAUGUACACAUACAGGGAAGUAUUCCUGUUACGUUUGUCCAAUAUAGUGUGUCUGAUGAAGAAAUAGGAACAGAAACAGAAAAAAACGGGACAUCUUUUGUCCCUGGUUGGGUGAAAGAAAGGAGCAAGGAGUUAACUGAUAAAACAAGUGAGAAGAAGACCUUCCGAGAUAGAACAGAAGAAGGUUGGAACGCUCAGUUAGCUGAAAGUCUUAAAGGUUUAAAUUGGAACAUCCUAGAUGCAGGAGAAGUUAGAAUUGAUGCUGAUAUAAAGGAUGGGGGCAUGAUGUUGACAGCAUUAUUUCCAUAUGCAGACUGGCUUAAUGGCAAUGCUGAUAUCAUGCUUCAGGUUAGAGGCACUGUUGAACAACCUGUGCUUGAUGGAUCUGCAUCAUUCCACAGGGCAUCUAUAUCUUCGCCAGUACUCAAGCAACCACUUACAAACAUUGGUGGUACCGUACGUGUGAAGUCAAAUAAGUUAUGCAUUGCUUUAUUGGAGAGCAGGGUAAGCAGAAGAGGGAAGCUGUUUCUAAAAGGGAAUUUACCCCUUAGAACAAGUGAAGCAUCCCUGGGUGAUAAAAUUGACUUGAAAUGUGAAGGUCUUGAAGUACGGGCAAAGAACAUUCUGAGUGGCCAGGUUGACACUCAGUUGCAGAUAAUUGGUUCCAUACUGCAGCCAAACAUAUCAGGGAAUAUUAAAUUGAGCCAUGGGGAGGCAUAUUUACCGCAUGAUAAGGGUGGUGGAGCUGCACCUUUCAAUAGGUUGGCAUCAAAUCAAUCCAGGCUUCUAGAUGCCGGUGUCAACAAAGCAGUUGCUUCUAGAUAUGUCUCACGGUUUUUCGGUUCUGAACCUGCUUCUUCAAGGACCAAACACCCACAACCAUCUGUUAAAUCAGCUGAAGUUGAGAAGGAGAUGGAGCUAGUGAACAUUAAACCAAGUGUAGAUGUAAGCCUUAGUGAUUUAAAGCUUGUUUUAGGACCAGAAUUGAGGAUAGUUUAUCCUUUGAUUCUUAACUUUUCUGUUAGUGGGGAACUCGAGUUGAAUGGCUUGGCUCAUCCAAAGCGGAUAAAACCAAAGGGCAUUUUAACAUUUGAGAAUGGUGAUGUGAAUCUUGUUGCAACUCAAGUCAGGCUUAAGCGGGAACAUCUAAACAUAGCAAAAUUUGAACCAGAGCAUGGUCUAGAUCCAAUGCUAGAUUUAGCUUUGGUCGGAUCAGAAUGGCAAUUCAGGAUACAAGGUCGAGCCAGCAAUUGGCAGGACAAGUUGGUUGUAACCUCAAUACGUUCUGUGGAGCAGGAUGUUCUCUCACCCACUGAGGCUGCUAGAGUUUUUGAGAGUCAAUUGGCCGAGUCCAUAUUGGAAGGUGAUGGUCAACUUGCAUUUAAAAAGCUUGCGACUGCAACACUCGAAACACUGAUGCCUAGAAUAGAAGGGAAGGGAGAGUUUGGUCAGGCCAGGUGGAGGCUUGUGUAUGCCCCACAAAUCCCCAGUUUGCUCUCUGUUGAUCCAACAGCUGAUCCUCUCAAAUCUUUGGCCAGUAACAUAUCCUUUGGAACAGAAGUUGAAGUUCAGCUUGGAAAACGUCUGCAGGCCUCUAUAGUUAGGCAGCUGAAAGACUCGGAGAUGGCUAUGCAAUGGACCUUGAUAUACAAACUUACAAGUCGUCUGCGAGUUCUGCUACAAUCUGCCCCUUCCAAACGCCUUCUUUUCGAGUAUUCUGCUUCCUCUCAAGACUAACUUGCUAUCAGGCUUCUUUUUUUCUAUAGGCCAAACUUCCAUGGUGAAGCCCAUCUUUCAUGUAAAACAAAGGGUAAUAG